GUCAAACGUAAUCAAGUAGUCGACAUGGGAACACGCUCGAUGCUGGCACUGACUUCUCUGGCGUUGCUCGGCCUGUGCACCAUCAGCGGCUCCUGGGGCCAGGAACAGGAACAGGAACAGGAACCGCCACUGCCCACCAAGCGGGGUCGCUACAUUCCCGAGCUGCACGGAGCCACGGGCUGGUAUAUGCCGGACAACAGCGGAAAGUACCGUCACGAGCACAAGCCCUACGAUGGCGGCUACGGGGACCGGGGCCAGCCGUACUCUGCCGAUCUGCGCAGCAUCUUCCGCAAGGCCGAGGAGCAGCUGGCCGCCAGUGUGCAGGAGGCCAACGAUGAGUUCGCCCUGGGCCCACGCGAUCAUCUGCGCUUCAUGAUCGACUUCAACUACAACGGCACCGGCUGGCAGAUCAUUCAGUUCCAAUGGGUGCGCGACGGAGACGAGACCCAUCCGGACACCAAGAAGUACAGUUACAUCAACGAGAACAAGCUGUGGGAGAUGGAAGUGGCGAAAGGGUCCUAUCACUACCAGCAGCCCGACGACGGCUCAGAGGUGAGCUGUGAGCCGCCAGCGGAGGAGGUUCAGCAGGAGCAGGAACAGCCUCAAACCAACACUAAUGCCGAGCAGGAUCCCGAGAAGAUCCAUGAGACCAUCAACGAAGUCCUGGAGUACAUACAGCAGCGUAUCCUGCCCACUCUGCCGUGAUUGAAAUGUAUUUUGAGUGUGUGAAAUAAAUGUUUUAGCAGUUG